CCUGCUUUGCGGCGCAGGGGCAAGAUGGCUGCUGAGAAGCAGGUCCCGGGUGGAGGUGGUGGCGGCGGCGGCGGCAGCGGCGGAGGCGGCGGCAGCGGCGGUGGACGCGGUGCCGGAGGAGAUGAGAAUAAAGAAAACGAACGCCCUUCAGCCGGAUCGAAGGCAAACAAAGAAUUCGGGGAUAGCCUGAGUUUGGAGAUUCUUCAGAUUAUUAAGGAGUCCCAGCAGCAGCAUGGCUUACGGCAUGGAGACUUCCAGCGGUACAGGGGCUACUGCUCUCGAAGACAAAGGCGUCUCCGGAAAACACUCAACUUUAAGAUGGGGAACAGACACAAAUUCACCGGAAAGAAAGUAACCGAGGAGCUCCUGACUGAUAACAGGUACUUGCUGCUGGUUCUGAUGGAUGCAGAAAGAGCCUGGAGCUAUGCCAUGCAACUCAAACAGGAAGCCAACACCGAGCCCCGAAAACGGUUUCACCUGCUGUCUCGCCUUCGCAAAGCCGUGAAGCAUGCCGAGGAACUGGAACGCUUGUGUGAGAGCAACCGCGUGGAUGCCAAGACCAAGCUAGAGGCUCAGGCCUACACAGCUUACCUCUCAGGAAUGCUGCGCUUUGAACAUCAAGAAUGGAAAGCUGCCAUUGAGGCUUUUAACAAGUGCAAAACUAUCUAUGAGAAGCUAGCCAGUGCGUUUACAGAGGAGCAGGCUGUGCUGUAUAACCAGCGUGUGGAAGAGAUCUCUCCCAACAUCCGCUACUGUGCUUACAACAUAGGUGAGCAGGUGGCACUGUUGUCACCUGUCACACUGCCACUGUUCACAUUUUAACUUCUUAAAACUGCAUUGCAGGCCUUGAUCACUCAGACUCGAGCCAAGCAGGCGGCUACCAUGAGUGAGGUGGAGUGGAGGGGGAGGACGGUUCCGGUGAAGAUUGACAAGGUGCGGAUCUUCUUACUGGGACUGGCCGACAAUGAAGCUGCAAUUGUCCAGGCUGAAAGUGAAGAAACAAAGGAGCGGCUGUUCGAGUCCAUGCUCAGUGAGUGCCGAGAUGCCCUGCAGGCCGUGCGGGAAGAGCUCAAGCCUGACCAGAAACAGAGAGAUUAUACCCUUGAUGGAGAGUCGGGAAAGGUUUCUAAUCUCCAGUACCUGCACAGCUACCUGACCUACAUCAAGCUGUCAACAGCCAUCAGGCGGAACGAGAACAUGGCUAAAGGGCUGCACAGGGCUCUGCUGCAGCAGCAGCCAGAAGACGACAGCAAGCGCUCUCCCAGGCCUCAGGACCUCAUCCGGCUCUAUGACAUCAUUCUGCAGAAUCUGGUGGAAUUGCUGCAGCUUCCUGGCUUAGAAGAGGAUAGAACCUUCCAGAAAGAGAUAAGCCUCAAGACCCUGGUGUUCAAAGCUUACAGGUGUUUUUUCAUUGCUCAGUCCUAUGUGCUGGUGAAGAAGUGGAGCGAAGCCCUCGUGCUCUAUGACAGGGUUCUGAAGUACGCAAAUGAAGUCAGUUCUGAUGGGGGCGCCUUCAAGAACAGCCUGAAGGACCUGCCUGAUGUGCAAGAGCUCAUCACUCAAGUGCGAUCGGAGAAGUGCUCACUGCAGGCUGCAGCCAUCCUGGAUGCAAAUGACUCCCAUCAAGCAGAGCCCUCUUCUCAAGUCAAAGACAAUAAGCCUCUGGUUGAACGGUUUGAGACCUUUUGCCUGGACCCUUCCCUUGUCACCAAGCAAGCCAACCUCGUGCACUUCCCACCAGGAUUCCAGCCCAUCCCUUGCAAGCCUUUGUUCUUUGACCUGGCCCUCAACCAUGUGGCCUUCCCACCUCUUGAGGACAAGUUGGAGCAGAAGACCAAGAGUGGCCUCACAGGAUACAUCAAGGGCAUCUUUGGAUUCAGGAGCUAACCAGGCUCUUCCUCGGGGGCAGGGAGGCCCUGACUUACUCUAUUGUGAGACAGACCCAGCGAGUUCCAUGGCAUUAAAUCCAGGUCUGCAAAUGGCUGGCGGGCAGAGCUCAGCAUCUCAGCCCUGAGUCCCUACAUCUUGUGUGUUUGUGACUUACUUUCAUAACCUGUCAUCUGCUGGGCCCAGAGUCAGGGUCUCUGUCCCCUGUGCCUCCUGGAGACUGCUGCUGUCCUGGCCCUUGUAAGCCAUGGCUGAUCACUUUUGGUCAAUGUGUUUGGGGGUUCUGUACCAGACUCUGGGGGUCUUGGGAGUGUUUGUCCUCGGUCCUCAGUCCCAUGGAUUUGAAACAAACUCCUCCUUUCUGUGAGCAUCCAGAAUUCCCUGAAGUCUGUCAGUGACUGAAACAUGGGCAGUGUACCCCAGGAUUACGGUCAGCCUUACCCCUCCUCCGAGAACAAGCAGAGCUCUCUAUUUUUAACUAUGUUACCCGUAAACAAUGAAACCAAAUCUUCUAUUAAAAGACAAAGAUGAUGGAGACUGUGCCCAUUCUUUCCAUGUCUUCCCUCAGCGGCCGCGAGGGCAGGUGCAUCCUGCCUGGCCAGCCCAGCUGCUGUCAGAGCGCCCAUCUGUGAGUGCAGAUGCCAUCCCAUAUCCAUCCUCUUCCUCCAUACCCCGUCGCUGUUUUCUGUGGACAUACUUUUCUCUAAUUUCUGCUACGGCAUCAGUAAUGGACAUCCCAACAAGCGGUGUAAGAAAGAAUAAACCUCUCGAGUCCCUUUGGAGAGCAAAGGUUCUUUGUUCUACCGUGGAGAGGGGGGAAUCCGCCAGGAAUGAAAUGUUGGCUCCAUGUGGUUCAGACCAGAACACGCUGGAUGGAGUGAGGGCAGACUGUAUCCCAGCAUGCAGACCUCCAUACCAGGUGGAGGAAACAUGCCGGGGUUCCCUGAGACGCUCUAGGCAAUUGCUUGGGCAUCAGGGAGCCUCAAAGCUGUUUAUUACAUAUAAUUUUGUCUGUUCUGGGA